AUGACCAGUAAGCGCGCCAAACAAGCCGCGAAGGACAAACAAAAGAACAUACCUAGACUCUCGGAGGCACAACUCCAUGCAAAUCUCAAAGCAGAUGAAGAUCUUCGUAAACAGCGCGAAGAAUUGGCAAGAAAAAUGAUCAAGCAGAGGGACAAUAAAGUCCGUUUGAAACUGCGGGCAACAGAGAAAGCAAAGGCCAAGCUUAUCCAACAGAAGGGCAAGCAACCCGAGGGACAACAUCAAUUGUCUAAAUUUGGCUUCAUUCAGAAUACCGUUCGUACCUCUUGUAGCCAGGCAAAGGAACGAUCCCCAGUUGCACGAACACAAAAACGUAAUUCAUUUAGCUAG